GCGCCGCGGAGCGCGCACGGGCGGGCUGAGGCGGCCGCGGAGCGGGGCUGGCCGCGGCCCUGGCACGGCGGCGCCCGGGGGCGGGAGCCCGGCGGCCCGGAGGAAGAGGAGGGGCGCGCUGGGGGCGCCGGCGGAGGGCUCUAGGGGAUGAUGUUGUCUCUUCUGACAUCUUGCGAUUGAGAUACCUGAGAACAGGUUCAGUAAGGAUCCCGGUUCCCGAAGAGGACGCUUACGAACGUACUGAAAUAAGAAGUUGUAAACGCUCUUCUUUUCCUGACAUGUGUACCGCAUAAGAAACCAUAAUCCGAAGCACUUCUCAGACACUUGGCCAGAUGUACGAAGCCUGUCUGCAAAGUUCUCUGUCCAAACUGACCGUUUCUCAGUAAAUAGUGCAUACCCGCGCGUUUGGGAUGUGUAUAUAGUACUCUGAAGAAAAAUCACUUUCUGUGUAAAAUUCCCAGAAGGAACGCUUUAUUAUGGACAGCUUUUUCUGGAUUUACAUCCAGAGGGAUUAAUGCCUAGAGUUGAAAGGCGUUUAGUGUAUACCAAAAAGCUGGCUUUCCCUCAGUUUUUCCAGAUGUAUUGUCUCCCCUGUAUACUGGGAACAUACACAACUGCAUAAACUACAGAUGUAGUCAUGGAGCUGUAUGGACUUUUGAGCCAUAGGAGAAGUAUUGUUGAGCCCUGGUAUCAGACACUGCUUCAUGAUGUCAGCUGAACUGUGAUUGUGUUAUACUAAUCAUAAUAAAGCACCCAAAUGGAGUGACACCCUUUCCGAGAAGAGGCAGUUUACUUUCACGAGGAAGGUUAACUGAUUAUCUUAACCUCUGUCAAGUUCUGUGCAGAAGAUCUUUCUGUGCAAGAUGAACGCGUUUCUCCUUGUGCUAAGAUGUUGAAGGUGUACUGCUGCUUGUGACAAAUCCAAGAGAAGAAGCUUUAUAAAAUGGCUCAAACCAGCUUGCUGCAGGGAAAGCAGUUUUACUGUAGGGAGUGGGUUUUCCACAAGCUUCAGCACUGCCUCCAGGAGAAAGCUAACUGCAGCAGUAGUGCUGCCAACAAACCAUCUCUUGUAGCAAAUUCUGGGAAUAAUACCGGUGUUGUCUCUGGGAAAGGAGCUGCCUGGGGUGUCUUGUUGGUAGGAGGGCCUGGUAGCGGGAAGACAGCCCUCUGUACUGAGUUACUGUGGCCAAGCUCACCUGCAAACCUGCAAAGAGGCUUACACCGCCAAGCUCUAGCCUUCCAUUUCUGCAGGGCCCAAGACUCUGACACACUCUGUGUUGGAGGGUUCAUUAGAGGUUUAGUUGCACAAAUCUGCCGCAGUGGACUGAUCCAGGGAUAUGAGGACAAACUAAGAGAUCCUGCCAUUCAAAGUCUCUUACAACCGGGGGAAUGUGAGAGGAACCCUGCUGAAGCAUUUAAAAGGUGCAUUCUGCUUCCUCUUUUGGGAAUGAAGCCCCCUCAGCAGAGCCUCUUCCUGCUUGUAGACUCGGUUGACGAGGGUUGCAAUGUUUCCGAGGGUGAACAGACUUCGACAAGCUUAUCUGGGACGAUAGCGGAGCUGUUGGCUGGCCACUUCGAGUUCUUCCCUCCUUGGUUGCUCCUUCUGUGUUCUGCCCGCAAGCAGAGCAAAGCUGUUACCAAAAUGUUUACAGGUUUUAGAAAAAUAAGUCUGGAUGAUCUACGAAAGGCGUACAUUGUGAAAGAUGUGCAACAGUAUAUUCUACAUCGUUUAGAUCAGGAAGAAGCACUGAGACAACAUCUCACAAAAGAAACUGCAGAAAUGCUGAAUCAGCUCCACAUCAAAAGCAGUGGUUGCUUUUUGUAUCUGGAACGUGUCCUAGAUGGAGUUGUGGAGAAUUUUAUUAUGUUACGGGAGAUCCGUGAUAUUCCGGGAACGUUAAACGGCCUAUACCUUUGGCUCUGUCAGAGACUUUUCGUGAGAAAACAGUUUGCAAAAGUCCAGCCUAUUCUCAAUGUGAUUCUUGCAGCCUGCAGGCCAUUAACCACAACAGAAUUGUACCAUGCAGUAUGGACCAAAAAUAUGACGUUGACUAUGGAAGAUUUUCAACGCAAAUUGGAUGUCCUGUCAAAAGUCCUCGUUGAUGGACUUGGAAAUACAAAAAUCUUGUUCCAUUACAGCUUUGCAGAAUGGUUGCUGGAUGUAAAGCACUGUACACAGAAAUACUUGUGCAAUGCAGCAGAGGGACACAGAAUGCUGGCGAUGAGUUACACCUGCCGGGCAAAGGAUUUAACGCCCUUAGAAGCUCAAGAAUUUGCUUUGCAUCUAAUUAACUCAAAUUUACAGUUAGAGACCUCGGAGCUGGCUUUGUGGAUGAUAUGGAAUGGCACGCCUGUUAAAGACUCCCUGUCGACCCUCAUUCCUAAAGAACAAGAAGUGUUACAGCUCCUGGUGAAAGCCGGCGCUCACGUCAACAGCGAAGACGACCGCACGUCUUGUAUCGUGCGUCAGGCUCUGGAAAGAGAAGACUCCAUUCGCACCUUGUUAGACAACGGGGCAUCGGUCAACCAGUGCGACUCCAACGGGAGGACGCUCCUAGCCAACGCGGCGUACAGCGGCAACCUCGAUGUCGUUAACUUGCUGGUUUCAAGGGGAGCAGAUUUGGAAAUAGAAGACACUCACGGGCAAACAGCACUUACCCUCGCUGCGCGGCAGGGGCAUACCAAGGUGGUGAAUUGCUUAAUUGGAUGCGGGGCUAAUGUCAACCACACCGAUCACGAUGGCUGGACAGCACUGCGGUCUGCGGCAUGGGGUGGGCACACCGAGGUGGUUUCUGCGCUCCUUUAUGCUGGAGUCAAAGUGGACUGUGCGGAUGCCGAUAGCCGAACAGCGCUGCGAGCAGCAGCCUGGGGAGGACACGAAGAUAUUGUGCUGAAUCUGCUCCAGCAUGGUGCUGAAGUUAAUAAAGCUGAUAACGAGGGCAGAACAGCUUUGAUUGCAGCUGCGUACAUGGGGCAUAAAGAGAUCGUGGAGCACCUGCUGGACCAUGGUGCAGAGGUGAACCACGAGGAUGUGGACGGAAGGACUGCACUGUCGGUCGCUGCGCUUUGUGUACCAGCUAGCAAGGGGCAUGCUUCAGUGGUUAGUCUUCUGAUUGACCGGGGUGCUGAAGUCGACCACUGCGAUAAAGAUGGCAUGACUCCGCUGCUGGUAGCUGCUUAUGAAGGACACGUAGAUGUUGUUGAUCUACUUCUGGAAGGAGGAGCAGAUGUUGAUCACACAGAUAACAAUGGUCGUACGCCGCUUCUGGCAGCAGCCUCCAUGGGCCACGCUUCAGUUGUAAAUACUCUUUUAUUUUGGGGUGCGGCUGUUGAUAGCAUUGAUAGUGAAGGGAGAACAGUUCUGAGCAUAGCCUCUGCACAAGGCAAUGUUGAAGUAGUACGAACUCUGCUGGACAGGGGGCUAGAUGAGAAUCAUAGAGAUGAUGCAGGCUGGACACCUUUGCAUAUGGCAGCUUUUGAAGGACACAGGUUGAUAUGUGAAGCUCUUAUAGAACAAGGUGCUAGAACAAAUGAAAUUGAUAAUGAUGGACGUAUACCUUUCAUAUUAGCUGCACAAGAAGGUCACUAUGAUUGCGUGCAGAUAUUACUGGAAAACAAAUCCAACGUUGAUCAGAGAGGCUAUGACGGGAGAAAUGCUCUCCGGGUUGCUGCUUUAGAAGGUCACAGAGAUAUAGUUGAGCUACUGCUCAGCCACGGAGCAGAUGUAAACUACAAAGAUGCUGAUGGCCGGCCAACACUUUAUAUUUUAGCAUUAGAAAAUCAGCUCACAAUGGCUGAGUAUUUUUUAGAAAAUGGUGCAAACGUAGAGGCGAGUGAUGCUGAAGGAAGAACAGCGCUCCAUGUUUCCUGCUGGCAGGGCCAUUUGGAGAUGGUACAGGUGCUGAUAACAUACCAUGCCGAUGUGAAUGCUGCAGAUAACGAGAAGAGGUCUGCUUUGCAGUCUGCUGCAUGGCAAGGUCAUGUGAAGGUAGUGCAGCUUCUAAUUGAGCAUGGAGCUCUGGUUGAUCAUACGUGUAACCAAGGUGCUACUGGACUCUGUAUUGCAGCCCAAGAAGGGCACAUUGAUGUUGUCCAAAUAUUACUUGAGCAUGGUGCUGAUCCAAAUCAUGCCGACCAGUUUGGGCGCACUGCUAUGCGUGUCGCAGCUAAAAAUGGACAUUCUCAGAUUAUUAAAUUACUGGAAAAAUAUGGUGCAUCUACUCUGAAUGGCUGUACUCCAUCUCCAGUCCACACAAUGGAGCAAAAACCCUUACAGUCGGUCUCUUCUAAAAUGCAGUCAUUAACAAUGAAGUCAAAUAGUUCAGGGAGUACCGGUGGAGAUAUGCAACCUAGUAUGCGUGGCUUAUCUAACGGGCCCGCUCAUGCAUUCAGCUCUCCUUCAGAGUCGCCUGACUCUACAGUUGACCGUCAGAAAUCGUCUUUGUCAAAUAAUUCCCUGAAAAGUUCCAAAAAUUCUUCUCUCCGUACCACAUCAUCGACCGCAACUGCUCAGACUGUGCCCAUCGAUAGCUUCCACAGCCUCUCCUUUACUGAACAAAUCCAGCAGCAUUCCCUGCCACGCAGCAGAAGUAGGCAGUCUAUUGUUUCUCCUUCUUCCACAACUCAUUCCCUAAGUCAAAAUCACAAUUCACCAAGUAGCGAAUUUGAAUGGAGCCAAGUGAAACCUAGUUUGAAAUCAACGAAAGCUAACAAAGGGGGGAGAACGGACAAUUCCAGCAAGUCUGGGUCAGCUGGAAAAAAAAUAAAACAAAGUAGUUCCUCCCAACCAAAAGUCUUAGAGUAUGAAAUGACUCAGUUUGAUAAGCGAGUACCUAUUGCCAAAUCUGGGACAAGCAUGCCGCUCAAGUCAAUGCCGACAGAGUCACAGUGCAAAAUUUUGGUCCCACCAGCUCAACAAGAAAUUGGUCGGUCUCAGCAGCAGUUCCUAAUUCACCAACAGAGUGGGGAGCAGAAGAAGAGAAACGGAAUUAUGACAAAUCCCAAUUAUCAUCUGCAAAGCAAUCAGGUUUUUCUCGGUAGGGUUUCUGUCCCACGAACAGUGCAGGAUAGAGGGCAUCAGGAGGUACUGGAAGGCUACCCUCCGGCAGAGACAGAACUCAGCCUUAAGCAAGCCUUAAAACUUCAGAUUGAAGGUAGUGACCCAAGCUUCAACUACAAGAAAGAAACACCAUUAUAAAAGGUCAGUUCCAUGAUGCCACGAACAGAAGUGCUUCUGCUCUGAGUGAUUUUAUCAGCUGGCUGGGAUGAAAGCAUUGAUGAAAACACCAAUGAAUGCUUGUUUAGUCCGCCUGGAAAUUCAAGAAUGUGAUUACCACAGUACAGUUACCUUAAUUACUGUAACGUGCCUACAUUUUCAGGCUGCCUUCUCCGUAUUACCCUCUGUGCUUCAAAAAUUUAUUUUAUGUACUUUGUAUUUAAUACACAGAAUGAGCACUUUUUUUUAAUUGCAGAAAGAUACACGUGGUAUUUCCCUGACAACAGCUGAAAAUUGUAAGAUUGAGAAAUUCCUGAUUUCCUCUUCCAGAACGCUUGGCAGAAGUGCAUGUGCCACAGUGAACUUUGUAUGAAAAGGCAGUGCUUUUUGUAUUUAUUUUCCUGUGGCUAAAGGAAAAAAAAAAAAAAAAAGCAGACAGUGUGUCACAUUUGCAUUAGUGUAACGUAUGGUCAGUCUUUCCUGUGUACUACAAGAAGUUCUCUUGAGAAAUACAAAUCUUGUAGCAGUAUUUUAUAAAUACUGUACUUGUGUGUUCUGUCUAUGUAAUAGCUAGUCCGUGGUAGCAAAGGGGUCAGACUGCAGCCAUCUGCAGUAACUUUGGGAUUUUUAAGAAACAAAAUUCAGUGUCUGGUACCACAGCACCAAAUCUGGAUGGCAGCCUGUGACCACUGGGAAGCAAUGGGUAAAUUUGGUCUUGGACACCUGAACUUAAACAGCCUCAGUUAUUGUUAUGGUAAUGAGGUAACUGAAUAUGGGUAUUUCUUAGGUGCUAAUGUAAAAGGUCUGAUCCUGCUUUCAUGUACAUCUUUAUACAUUAGAAACAGCUCUUUAUUUUUCCAAGGUAGAGGACUGUAUUGAGAGUGUGUCAGUAAAACCAACCGCAGAAAAUACAGAAGCUUUGUUAGGCUGAGAGAAUAUGCAGUGAGUAUAAUGGAGAAAGAAAAGGUUAAUAAUACCAUUGUCUGUGGAGAACAAAGAUUACUGAGUUAGCCCCGUCCUGAGACAAUAACUCUUUAAAGCACAAACUUGUAUGAAUGUGGUUGCUGCUUCUGGUGGAUUAGGUAGUGCCUGUGUGUGUAUCUGUACCUGGCGUGUGGUUGGUCAGCAACCUGGGUAGUCCAUCUGUAGGUAACGGAAAAACGAUUUCCUACUCUUAGAGCAGAAAAACAUUACUUAUAUAAAGGAGAGCAAAAGCAAGCCCAUUGUUGUGCAAGUGAACAGUAUGAUAGAAUUUAACAAGUGAUUAUUUUCUCCUAAAAAUGCAAGCUAUAUUCUACUAUUCACCAUUACACAGCCUUGCUCUUUAGAAAAUAAGCCUAUUUUUGUAUGUAUUUCUUCUAAAGGCUUGAGAUUCGUCUUUUUCAUACUCUAAUUCUGAUCAUUCCACAAAUAAGAAGAUAGAAAGCUGAGGUUAUUUUUCAUAGAGGAUUAAUUAGAUGUGUGGCUAUCCUUAAACUUUGAUAAAUGGCCCCUGGAUGUAUAUGUAGUGCAUAUUCUAAGGCACUAAAGGGCUCAGUGUCUUAUUAUCAUAACAUUUUCUUGUCAUCAGAAUAUUUUUUGAAGUGUUGGGUUUUUUGUUGUUGUUUUUUUAUAUCUUGCACCUCCAUUCUUACUCACUUGUUACUAAAUGUAAAAAGAAUCUUUUAUAGUCAGGCAUUCAGUGCAUAGUAAGAUUAAAUGUUAAAAGUUGACACACAGCAAUAUUGAUUAUUCUGAAUGUUUCAUGUAUUGAAUUCUUGUCCCUGUGGGACAAUUAUAAAAUAGACGUGACCGAAGUCUUGCAAAACGGCCUUAAGAGUGGCUCAGUAAAGAGAUAGUACCAAAAUGCAAACUUGUUCCAAACCUCAAGUACAGUCCAUUUGCAAUGCUGUGCAAGAAUAAAACUUUUCUUAGUUGUUAGAUGUAUGUUUUGUUCUGUCGAAAGGGAUCCCUGAAUGCUGAUGUUUUUCUACUGACCUUGACUGUCAUUGGGAUUAUAUUUAUUUAAUUUUAUUGUGUUAUUAAUUGCACCUUGUGGACAGAGGACGUAAAAACAUGGCCAGUUUCACAAGGGGCCACCAUUUAUAGAUAGCCUGAUGGUUUUUGUGUGAAUAGUAUUUACAUUUGAAACAGCUGGUGGGGAAACCCUAUAUCAGAAUCAGCAGAAAGUAGACCUGCUGAAAAUGUUUUCAGAAGGAAAAUAACAAUGCUUACGGAUUUUGAACAUCACUUUGGAACAGAGCACGAAUCGCUUUAAAGCAUCUACUUUCUCAGAAGGUCUGUGUAAUUCCACAUUGCUGUCGUGUGUGAUUUUUAAUCUCAUCAUUUGUGAGGUUUCUGCGUGCAAAGGCAAGUUGCUGUUCCCCCGUUGUCCUCUCUGUCCUGCUCUGCUCCGUUACAUCCGUACGAUCACGUGGAGGCGAAUGGAGUUGCGUGGCUGUGACUCAGCACAGCUGCUUCUGGCAAUGUACUGGUUCUCCCGACCCAAAAAGCCUGAAUAAAACAUGAAUCCUCUUCAUCACAUUUCACUGGUCCUCCCUAGGUCACAUCCACAAGACACCUGAAUCUCCUAACGGGAAAGCUGGGGAAAAGACUGUUUUGUGGACACUGGCAUCAAUACUGUAUGCAUGUGGAAAAACUCUUCAAAAGAGCAAUGCAUUAAGAGAUGUAGAGGCACAACGAUGCAUUUUUGUCCUCUCUGUGAUCAGUAUUGAAAGCAUUACCAUUUAUUUAAAAAUAAAAAGGUAUUUUCCCUCCUCAGUUACUCUGCUAUGCAAACAUCUGUAUUGCUUAAUAUUCCCCAUCUGAACUUCUCAGUUAACUUGGUUUGCAGAUAGACUGUUUUUUUCCUGGAGUGGGUUGUAAAUAGCCUUUAAUGUACAUUGAAUGAAUUUCACAUUGUAAAAUUUUUAUUUUAUUCCUUGUAUUAUAUUAAGCGAAAAUCCCUGUGUAUAUGAAAGUGCAUAAUAAAUAUAUUUGCUUUUCAGCAUA